CAGUCGUUGAAUAAAAAGCUUCGCAGAGACGGCGCCAUUUUCUCUAGAGCCCGUCGUUGUCGAUUAGCUAUAGUGGAGCCAUAAGCGACGCUUUGUUAUAUUUGGUCGUUUGUCGGCUUUUUAGCGCUAUUUCACACUUGUUAAAAUGAGUGACAUUGAGGAUGGAAACUUUGGAGGACGAGUAAGUAUUUUUAUCAUAGUUCGCUGAAGGGAUACUAUUUCCUUUCUUUCCAGGGUCUGUCUUUCUCUUUCUCUGUAGCUAGAUGGCUAGAUCGAUAUGCCUGGCAAACGGCACAAACGUAAAAGCUACAGUCGUUACGUAUGCUUAAAAAAACCACUAGGCCGGUAAUUAUAAGCUAUAUCCUUGUCACGUUAUUGAAAUGUGUAAGCGUUUAGUGAGUUUGGUACAGUUUCCCCCUUUUUGUGCCUCUGCGAUUUAGGAUAGCUAGGCCACACUACGCUAAAUGAACACUUUAGGCCAGCGUAAAGCAAAAAGGGUCAUUUUAUACGAUGCUGAUACUUUCCACAUAACCGAGUCUCCCAACUGGUUAUUGCCUUUUAACCAGUUAACACUGAUACGCAAACAAUCAUCUGGACCACUUGAAUUGUGCUACGGAACUAGCUAAUGCCCGUAAUGCACAUCCGUGUUGACUAGCGGCUAAAAUCACGAAAUGUAAAUUGAAGCAGUUUAUUUUUAACUUUUACUACUGUAUGAUUCUAAUAGUGACCAGGCGAGGUCGUUAAAGCCGUGAAUGUUUAGGUGUUUGAGCGCUAGUUGGCUAGCUACCAACUAGCUAAUGUUUUGCGUCAUUUUUUUCCAGUGAGUCUCCGUAUCCAAUUUCAUUACCAUAUACAACAGGCUGGUAACGUCUCUAUGUGGCCCUAGAUGCUUUUUAUAGCAGUGAAACCAAGUUAUCAGGAUAUUUUGUCUGCCUGAGAACGGUUCUUCCCCCCUUAUUACUAAAUACCGUUUUUCUGAUCUCAUUCACCGGCCAGUUCUUCUUUUCUUGAUCAGACGUCUUAAAACGUGUGUUUGGUAUCUGGUGAUGCAUUCAUACGUAUAUACUCAUAGGGAACCUGAAAGUGUUUUCUUACUUUGUUCACUUGCUUUGAUCGUAGAUAUUUGUAGAUAUUUUGUGUAGCUAGGGAUGCACGCGCAUCUGAGAAGUAGUUGGCUCAUUUUUUUUGUCUCAUGUAGAUGAUAAACAGGCUUUUUCCUUUUAAAUCCCAUGUUCUUAAUUAUACUGAAUGUUCUUUUUUCAUAAAGGUUAUUGAUCGUGAAGGAUUUGAAGAGUUUUAUCCAAGAAUAUGGAAGAAUGUCCAAGAUAAAAGAAGGCUUAUGAAAACGUGUACAGAUCAGAAAAUAAAAUGGGAAGGGAAAAUGAACUGAAGAUUGGUUCAGAUAGAAGCACUUGCGUUAUGUCAUGUCUAAAAUGAAAAUGAUUUCAAUUUGGGGAAGAAUACCCGGAUUGAGAAAAUGAAAAACUGAAAAAACGAAGAACGAAGAAUAGAAAAAAAGCCUGAGCGAAGUAGCGUAAACAGAAACUGGAGGGAUGAAUGUAUCCUAGGUUAAGUAAAUGAGUCCCGCUCUCCGUCCAAAUCGGACCGCGGCAGCCCGGUUCAUGUUAAGUCGGAGAGCAGGUCGGCCUCACACAGCCCAUCGCAGGUGUCCAAGAGGUCGGAGUCCAGGUCCCGGUCUCGUUCCAAGUCCAGGUCUUACUCACGGAGACACUCCAACCGGCACUACAGUCGUUCUCGCUCUCACUCCCACCGCAAGAAGUCCCGCUCACGCUCCUACAGCCCGGACUACCGGCGCAGGAGGAGUCAGAGCACGUCACCCAUGUCCAACCGACGUAGGCACACAGGCAGCAGGACCAGAUUCAGCAACGACUUCAAAGGCGAAACGUACAAUCAUAGUGAUGCCAGGGCCAAUCCAGACCCCAAUACCUGCCUCGGGGUGUUUGGGCUGAGCCUGUACACCACAGAGCGUGACCUGCGUGAGGUGUUUUCCCGCUAUGGACCCUUAGCUGGCGUCAACGUGGUGUAUGACCAACGCACGGGCCGUUCCCGGGGCUUCGCCUUCGUCUACUUCGAGAGGAUCGACGACGCCAAAGAGGCAAUGGAGCGAGCGAAUGGCAUGGAGCUAGAUGGAAGACGCAUCAGAGUGGAUUACUCCAUCACCAAGCGGCCUCACACCCCCACACCAGGCAUUUACAUGGGACGGCCCACACACAGCAGUGGCGGGAGCAGCAGCAGUGGUGGCCGGAGACGCGAUUCGUAUUAUGAGCGUGGAUACGAUCGCUAUGACAGAUACGACGAGUAUGACUACAGAUACAGUCGCAGGCGGUCUCCAUCCCCGUACUACAGCAGAUACCGGUCUCGCUCCAGGUCACGAUCGUACAGCCCCCGACGAUACUAAGACGCUUGGACCUCAAGGAUCUCUUUUACUCAUGUUUGAUCUUUAAUGAAACCACCACUUUAAGGCAUUGCAAUAUUUACAUUAAAUCUAAGCUGGGUAACAUUUAAGCUCUUUUCAGUGGGAUUAUCCAGUUGGGUGAGGUGUUUACGUCUUUUUAGAGAUCUUAAUUUCUACACUUUUCUGUGCAUCUGUGUAUAGCAUUUAAGUCUUGCUGAACAAAAGAGUCUGUUUUUGAAAGCUUAAAAAUGGUACUGUGGGUGGCAUUUUGUUAGGACAUCUCCUCCCAAUUCCUAACAAUGUUUAAAAUGAUUUAUUAUACAAAAUGUGAAACGUGUCUGCUUAAGUUAAAGGUUUAUUUCUGUCAUUUGGAUUUUUUUUUUAUUUUGAUAGGAUGUAUUUCUUUUUAACGAAAUAAACAGUUGAUAUUUCGGUCUCA